AUGGCUGGUCGAAAAAAAGGUGAAGCUAUAUCCCAUAAUACUCCAGAUACUCCCAAUGUUCUCCAAGAAGUAGAACCGGUGGAGGGAGGCACGGUAAAUGUGUGCCAAAUUUCGCAAAAAGAGACUAUUAGAGAUUUGGCCCAGCGUAUCAUUCGGGAUAAUCUUGGUGAAGCAGAAGUAAAAGUUAUAGCUAAAGCCUUAGCUGAAUCUGCCUCUAAUGCUAGCACUGGUUUAUCCCGAAUUUCUAGGCUUCGAAGAGAGUUGCGAAAUCUCAAAGUCUCAGAAAAAAUUAUUUCGGCUACAUUGAUUCCAGACAUAAAUCGCUUAGCUAAUAAAAUUCAAAAGGAAAAAGGUUUGCUAUGUGAAAAUGAAGGCAUUGAUUACCCAGAUUACUUUGCGUUAGAAUCAGUUAAGAAAAGAUUGGAUGUGUAUGAUGUAUCCAAAGUUCCUGGCUUGCAAACCCUUGCCGAUAUAUAA